AUGUCUGUAAGGACAAUGACAGCCAUUUGUUUCGUCUGCAAUCUUCCGAUUCUAUCGCAUCAAGUUGGUUUGGUAUGGCAAGGUGGAAAUGGAUGGGACGAUUUGGUUCGCGAACAGGUGGAAGAAUCAACUAUAAGACAAAGACUUGGUGGUCGACGAGACUCAGCCACACAAAUAUGCAGCAUAUCACCUCCAACAGAAAUUCAGGAAACGUCUCCCCCAACAACAGGCCAAACAAGGAGAAGACGAAGUUCCUUAGCUCAAUUAACAGAUAUUCUACGGGAAUGGGGUGGAAGUACAAAAAAGCAACAAAAGCAAUUAUGUCGAAGAGAAACUUUGGCAGAUCUGGCGAGAUCAUUGCCUUGGGGACGGCAAACUACGCAAGAAUCAGGACCAACCCCCUGCAUAUCAACACAAAGGAAACGAAGAGAGUCUAGUGCUGACUCCGGAAUAAGAAGCAUGGGCUCAAAAUCUCGAAGGGACUCCCAUUACACAGCCAUUUCCGACUUUAGAACUGAAGUAGCUAAACUAUGGCAGCCUAAGGAAAGUACUCCCACUACCACCAUCGUAAGCCCAAGUAGUAUUAGCUAUGUAGCCCCUUCGAGACGAGAUAGUGGGGAAUCCAAUCGCAGCGGUCGACGGGAUUCCACGAGUCAUUCGCAUCAUGCUUCUAGGCGAGGAUCGGGAGAAAGUGGGAAGAGUGGUAGAAGAGAUUCCACAACUGCAAUCACGCCUCCACCACCCAAGAUUGUGGCUGCUAAAAAGAAACGAAGGGAUUCGAGAACUGUUACUGAAACACCAUAUUAUAGGCAAGAGCAAAGACCAUCAACUUCUUCCACAGCGUCAGAUUCGGCACCACAGCAAUUUUUGGGGUUUCCAAGCAUAACUAACACUAUUACUACUUCUGAUAUGGGCACACAAGGCGGUCUUCCAAUGCCUCCAACUAUUAUAACUUCCAGCGUAACACCUCCAGCAACUUCCCCUACAGUUCCUACAACUUCUGCGACUACUCCACCUCAUCCACUGUUAUCGACAAGAAGGGAUUCUACAACUCAGUGUGGACGAUUAGGUCGAAGAGAUUCCAGAUCACACGCAAGUCCUGAACGCAAACAUUCUCGUCUUCAACGUCAAAAUACAGCAUAUGACGAGAGCUGUCUUCCUCCUGGAGGUUGGAAUCGUCGUGGAUCCCAACCACAACAACCAGCCCUAAGUCCUGAUGUAGAUGAAAGUGGAAGAAAAGCACGAAGGGACUCGCUAAGCCCAGAUUCUGCUUCUAGAGGGGGUAGACGAGAUUCCAGAUCGCAUCUUAGUCCUGACCGAUCUGGAGACCGAGAUCUUAGCCCUGUCAGAAGAGGCCGAAGGACUUUACGAAGACAAUCAACAAGUGUAGCUGCAAGAACUCAUGGACCGCGUUCUCCGGAUUCUUCCAGCUGCUGCUCCAGCAGAGAUCCAAGUCCUUGUAAUAGAGGACCCCCACCGACUACUGAAAACUACCGACCAGCAAUCAGAAGACAAUCUACUACGGAAGAAAUCCUCAUCGCGAGAGGAUUCCGAAGACAAUCAACCACAGAGGAAAUGAUCAGAUGCCGAAAUUUUCGACGCCAAAGUUCUCAGAGCGAUGACUGCCAGCGGUAUCGCGGACGCAGAGAUUCGGCUACGCAGAUUAUGGAUGGUACCAUUGCUUCUAUGACUGUAGAAACUUCUAGUACGUUCUUUGAUUCUAGCACGCAAACAGAGAAAUACGAACGUAAAUACACUUGCAAUAUGCACAAAAAAACAAGAUCGAUGAAAAACAGGAAGAAAUUUAAUAAGUCACCCAACAACAUAAAAGAUAACGAUGGAAAUCUUAUCUCGGAGCUAUCAAGGAUCUUAAAAACAUGGAAAUCCUACAUAGAAAAAUUACUUGCAUCAGAUAGAACUGAUCAAAUAGAUAUAUGCGCUCUACAGGAAACAAAAAGAAGGGAAAAUGACAAUUAA